AUGGAAGCAUGGUCCGUUAUCAGUUCUAAGAAUGUUCGCAAUUCCCCAUCUUGCUAUAGUAAAAAGGUGUGCUAUCCUUCAGCGCAUCGCAACAGACAACCUAUUCUUGAAGCACUACAGAAACAUAUUCCGUCCGAUGCCGUAGGAAAUAUUUUGGAAAUUAGUUCCGGCACCGGUCAACACGCGUCAUUUUUCGCCGAACACUUUCCUACACUAACAUUCCAUACGUCAGAAUAUGAAGUUUCCUUAUUCGACAGCAUAAAGGCCUACGCAGAUCAGGUACAGACAAAGAAUGUUAAAGAUCCAAUCUACAUUGACGUAACAGAACCGCAUACCUCGUGGAAUUUAAAAGAACAGCAUUUCGAUUAUGUAUUAAACAUAAACAUGAUGCAUAUAUCGCCACCCCAGUGUGCAGUGGGACUUUUUCAAAAUUCCGCGCAAUUGUUGAAAAGUGGUGGGCUUUUGUUUACAUACGGACCUUAUGCCAACGACGGUGUCAUAACGCCCCAGUCCAAUAUCGACUUCGACCGCAAUUUGAGGACCCGAAAUAAGGAAUGGGGUUUGCGAGACAUUCAGGACUUAAAAAAGUUGGCAGCGGGAUUUGGCAUACAAUUACUUGAAAUUUACAACUUGCCUGCAAACAAUAAAUGUUUAGUUUGGAGGAAGUAG